CAGUCUAGUAAUAUAUAGAAGUCUGUGGUUUUGCAUUAUUACCGCAUGGAGGUCUUCAAUGUCAAUUCGGAGUUCACCCGUUACUCCUCCUGAUCGUACAUACGAAAAAUACCGGUGUGACCGCUCUCGCAGCUCUCACCGCUUCUCUGCUGACAUUUAAAAAUCGCUGACUGCCACAAAGAGUGUGAAUCCAUGGAUAUCGUGUAUACAUAUAUUAUAAAUGUUUGUGUGAUAAAGCGGUGAACUAGGUUUGGGAGUGAGUUUUGAUAUGAUCGCUCGCUCUCUCUAUCGUAUGAACAUUAUGGAUAGACGAAAUAACCGCGAAGUGGUGACGGUAUUAUUCCUGUGUCUGCUGUGGUAUGUGAUAUCUAGCAGCAGCAACGUUGUCGGUAAGAUGCUGUUGUCCGAGUUCCCGUAUCCGCUCACCGUCACCAUGGUCCAAUUAACCUCGAUCACUCUUUAUUCCGGCCCAUUCUUCAAUCUAUGGGGCGUGAGACGAUAUUCGUCCAACAUAACGUGGAGCUAUUAUUUACGGCUCAUCGUACCCUUAGCCUUAGGCAAAUUCCUCGCAAACGUGUUCAGCCACGUCAGCAUUUGGAAAGUACCUGUUUCCUAUGCUCACACUGAAGUUUGGCUCUGUCCCAGUGAAGGCUACAAUGCCCCUCUUUACGGUAGCUCUAUCAAGAAUAAUACUUCAAGAACAACAGACAUGGAAAGUCUACUUGAGCCUUGUACCAAUAGUCGGUGGUGUAGCGAUUGCUACGCUGACAGAGCUUAGUUUCAACAUGAUUGGCCUGAUAAGUGCAUUAGCAUCUACUAUGGCGUUUUCCUUGCAGAAUAUUUAUUCAAAAAAGGUACUGCAUGAAACAGGGAUACAUCACUUACGGCUACUGCACAUACUUGGCCGUCUGGCUCUGUUUAUGUUUUCACCAAUUUGGGGUGUAUACGAUCUAUAUCGUUUGAUAUAUGAACCGAUGAUGAGACCAUCAGUAGAGAUGAGUUAUUACAUAUUAGGAUUGUUAUUUUUAGAUGGUAUAUUGAACUGGUUUCAGAACAUUAUCGCGUUUUCUGUGUUAUCUAUUGUAACUCCUUUAACAUAUGCGGUAGCCAGCGCGAGCAAACGCAUAUUUGUGAUCGCAGUAACGUUACUCAUACUUGGCAAUCCAGUUACAUGGCUGAAUAUAUUUGGGAUGACUAUGGCUAUAAUUGGGGUAUUGUGUUACAAUAAUGCUAAAUAUAAUCAGAAGUUGGAGAAACAAAAAGAGACAAUUCUUCCAAAAUAUUAUAAUCCAACUCAGAAUGGUAAUAACAGUUCCUUCAUGGUAAAUGGAUUUGCCAGUAAACAAUAUCAAUCAUUUGCAAUCUAGUCUCAAUUAAUAGUUUUAUUUUGACAAACUCAUGUAAGUUUUCUAUAUCAGUGAAAUCUAUCCUUUUCAUUUGUCUGUGGAUUAGUUUCAUUCGCGCAAUAAAAUAUAACCUGAUUUGUUAUAUAUGCAUAUAAUUGGCUAGAUACAUAGAAGAAACUCAUGACCAAUUAUUGUGUGUAUUUUUGAUUUGCAUAAAUAUUGCAGGAAAAUGUGGUUUAUAUUUCUUGGAUUGCGAAAAUCAAUAUUUCUUAGCUAAUAAAAAAUAUUCUAUAUUUUCGUUCUACAUUUGUUGUGAUAAAUUCGAUUUGGUUUCUCAAUUUUAAAACUGAACCUGCUGGUAAGGUAUAAUAGCAUUGUUUAAAAAUAUGGUCUUUUAGCUGAUUGCUGGUUCAAUUAGCAUUAACCACGAAACUGAUUACAUUCCUGCAAAUCGAUCUUAGUAUAUAUGAAAAAUAUGUAAUAUGUUUUAACAUCUUGUAUUCUCACAUAUUUGAUGCAUAUUUAUUAAUAUAUAGAAAUUACAUUGUGAAAAUUGUGUUGAAUUAUCUAAAUAAUUAAACAGUUACAAUACAGUUUAUGUAUUUGUGAUUU